AUGGCGAGAGCUACGACGGCUGUCAAGUCCCGCACUGCGCCAGAUACGGAUGCGAUAUCAUUCCCUGUCUUGACCUACACCGAUGCACUCCCAAGAGCCGACCUCCGCGAUAUCAAGAACAACGGAUCACGGCAAUUACCAGAACAUGGAAAGGCGGCGCAAUAUGAGUUUCCCCGGCCGAGACAUAUGGAUGGACAAGGAAGCAGGAAACCACCAAAUAAUGUAGCCAUGGCGGCAUCAUUCGACUUUCGAGUAACGGCACCUCCAGAUGAAGUCUUUCCUUCGCGUGCAGGUGCAGACGGUAGCCCUGGGGGUAUACCUAGAAUAGGUGUUGCCCUUGGAAGUCCCAGCAUGCUUGACUCGCGAGACAACCUGCCACCACCUCGAUUCAAGACGGACAUCUUUUCACAGGAAAAGGACGGUCAGCCACCGCUGCCGCACAAACCGAGUAAAUGGAGGAAGAUUGGGGGGUUAUUCAAAGCCAAGUAUGCGCUUGCAAUGCCAAUGGAUGGGCCCAAAGUCCCUCCAAAACCUGCCCCAAAGCCAGAGAGUGAACAAAGCAACAAGCCACUGCAACGACGAGGUUCAAUCGAAGAAUGGCCGAUGAUCGAAGUCGAUUCUACCGCUGCCCCAGCUGGAACAAACUCCAGUCCGCAAAGAAGUCGCAAACUCUCGCUUCCUGGAAGGAAGGCUAACAAGCCUCAAGUCCCCGAGAAAGGCGAAAAGAGCCGUCUGCUCGAGAUUGACAUUCCAGAUGUACAAAUGGAGCGCUAUAGUGUGAUGUUCAGUCAAGUGAUGAAAAAGAACCAGAGACCCUCUCUGCUGGCCAGGAGGAGCAAGACUCUGGACAAUUUGCGCAUGCCAAACAAUGAGGUCUUUUUGGCUGCAAAACCACCUCCAGUUCCUCAGCGCCGAGCGACAUCACCCGCACGAUCGAGUUUUACUUUGUUCCCAGCUUCCCAGCCGUCGAAAGCGACACAAGUUCUCGGCACACAACAGAACUUCUCACGUGGCCCGAGUCCGCUGUUGAGAUCGAAUACUUUGCCAGUUGAGAGUCCAUCUAAGGCAUCUAUGGAUCAGGGAAGGGCAACACCUAAUAUCAAUGUCGCUUCACCGUUUGAAUCACCGGUCGUUCCAAAUAUCUUUUCCUCGCAGUCCAGCACGCCACGGUCGUCUCUUGAUAAACCGCUGCCUGCCAUCAAACCGGAGCUAAAAGCGCCACAGUCGCGUCCCCGUAUGGCAUCAAAACUCGCUGUUGCUCACACUGGGAAGGAACCGAGUCAAGUCAAGAAGGAAGAAGUGGAGGAACGGCCUCAAACGGCAAAGCAACCGGCAGUCACCCCCAAUAUACAAGUCUCGGAGUCACCGAGGAGAUCUCCCAGUCCUCAGAGUGAAGCGAAGCCAUCUGCACCCCCGGUAAAUACCAGGCGUCGAUCGGCCAGCUUGGCGCUUCCUCGAUCGCGUACAGACUCUCAGGUAGAGCAGAAGCCGAUACAGCCCAUCCCUGCACUGCGCCCGCGGCCCUCUCAACUACCGAUCUCGCAAACACAGCCAACUUAUCAAGAGCGAAAGUCUUCUUUACAGGCCCCUAGAAUGCACACACGUCCACCUAUUCAGGAACCUCCCAUGCCGCACCUGACCCCUCAGAAAGCGCCAAACCUGGUUCAAGAAAAGGAGCAAAGACCUCAACAAAGACCAGAUAUGCGGCCCCCUCGACCAAAUCUGAAAAUCCAAACCAAGCAACAGCAACAGCCUCCACCACGGCCCGCAGCCAAAAAAGGAUCAUCAUCCUCCACACUCCCUACAAGUACACCACCCACCAGCACACUCCCUACACCCAACCUAUCAAAAGACAACCUCUACCGAACACCAUCACCCAUAAUACGAUCCCUAAGUCCCCAACCAGGCAUCUCCCCCGGCGGCUCAUCACCCCGCAUGCCAUUCGUCUCCGAACCCGAAGAAAUCGAUAUCGAAAUCGGCAUGGCCCUCGAAACAAAAGAACCCACCGAAUCACUACGCAAAAUCCCAACCAUCGAAGUCUCAAUAGCACGCUCGAUAUCCGUAUCUCGGGGAAAACGUCAAAUGAUUGUCCCAGUCGGUGCACGCGUUGACUAUCUUCAUUCGAAUGAGCGGUUGAUUGAGCGUAGGCCGAUGACGCCCCGGAUUACGGAUGUGAGCUUUGGACAUAAACAUGCUGUGUCGCAGGAGUUGCAGAUUGAGUCUCUUUGAGAUUUGAGAUUGGGAGUGGUGUUUUUUAUAUACUUUCAUUUUUGAUUCCCCCUUUUCGUAUUGUUGCCUCUGGUUUUUAUUCGAGGGCGUUUGAUUUGCAUCUGGGUUGGGGUUUGUGACGCGUGUUGCUACUUUCAUUUUACAUUUAUCUAAUCUAGAG